AUGGUGACCAAUUUCGUAUUCAUUCUUUUGAUAGGAUCAUCGUUACUACAACCAGCUCCCGCAGCCCCGAUCUUCAGUCAUGGGAUUAAUGUCGGCGUUAUAACUGACCACGACGUAACAGAGGCCUCUGGUCUGGCCUCUAGUCGGAUCCACCCCAAUGUCCUCUACACACAUAACGACAAGGGUGACUCGUCCAGGAUCUUUGCUGUGGAUGCUGACUCCGGAAACGUCCUAGCGGAAUUGAACAUCAACAAUGCCAGGAAUUAUGAUUGGGAGGAUAUUGCCGUGGGUGGAUGCCCCGGUGCACUUACAAAAUCCUGUAUUUACAUAGGAGACACAGGUGAUCACGCUGGAGAUGGAAGUGUGAAGAAUAUUUACGUGGUGAAGGAACCAGUCCUGUUAAAAGAUGGGAGUCUGGACCCCAUAGUUACCCUUCAUUAUGAAUGGAGUGUCUUAGAUACCGAAACAUUAAUGAUAGAUCCUAGUGGUAAUGUAAUUCUCGUUAGUAAAGUCCAUGGAGGAAUUGGCCAGGUAGGGAUGAUUCCCGCGUCAGCAUUUCAAAGCUCCGCAACUUAUCGAAUUUCAACUUCAACCACCCUCAACAUUCCGCAGACAACCCAUAACGACCCCGUGGGUGGGGAUAUCUCCCCGAAUGGCCGUGAAGUUCUGCUGAGGACUCAUAAUUCACUAUUUUACUGGAGGGUUGAUAGCAUGGAUUACUUAACUACCCUUAGUACUGUGGACCCCGUGGUGGUUUCUCAUGUCAAAGAACACCAGGGCGAGGCUGUCGCGUGGGACACCCUUGGAAACGGUUACUUCACGUGCAGUGAGGGACACAACCAACCGAUCUACUAUUUUAGGCGCUCUUCACAAUAA